CAAACACAGCGCAGCCGCCGUCAGCCACGAACCAGACGAACACCUCCGGCCUGACCCAGCACCGGCCCACCACAGGAAGCUUCACACACUCUCACCUGCAUCAGAAGGAGCGCGGUUUCUUUCAUCAUGGCGUCAGCCAGUGAGGGUGAGGAGCGAGCAGAUCAAACAGUACCUAAUGGAGGUGAUGAAGAGGAGAAGGAGCGGAGCGUAAGAGGAGUCCAGUCUCAUUACCUGCGCUGCCCUUCGCCCAUUUUCUCCACAGUGUCAGAGUCCAGAUUUUCCUCCAUCUCUGGUUCUGAUGCAGACAGCAUCUACAUGGAGCCCAUUCACUUGUCAUCAGCCAUUGCUGCCAAGAAGAUCAUCAGUGAAGAGCUGCCACCUCGAGGUGUUCGCUCAGAGUCUGUCCCUGAGUCGAUGCUGGAGAGAGCAGAGCAGCUGAUGGUGGAGGAUCUUUACAAUCGUGUCAGGGACAUGAUUGAUGACCGUAGCCCCUACAACACACCCUGUGUCCUGGACAUCCAGAGGGCCAUGGUGCAAGAGCGCCUGGAGGCUCCUGUCAACCCGGUGGAUGAGGUUUGGCCCAAUAUCUUCAUCGCUGAGAAAUCUGUUGCGGUCAACAAAGCCCGUCUGAAGCGAAUGGGCAUCACCCACAUCCUAAACACUGCCCAUGGCACUGGUGUCUACACCAGCGAAUCCUUCUAUUCUGGUAUGAAUAUACAGUACAUGGGCAUUGAGGUGGACGACUUUGCUGAGGCCGACAUCUCUGUGCACUUUCGACCCACUGCCGAAUUCCUGGAUGAGGCUCUUCUGACGCACAAAGGAAAGAUUCUGGUAGUUUCCAUGAUGGGUAUAAGUCGCUCUGCAGUCCUUGUGGCAUCCUAUCUGAUGAUUUUCCAACAUAUGACCAUCAUGGAAGCUCUGACGGCCAUCAGGAAAAAGCGACCCAUCAACCCCAAUGAAGGCUUUCUGAAGCAGCUGCGUGAUUUCAACGAGAACCUGAUGGAGGAGCGCGAUGACGAUGAUGAAACGCUGAGUCAGUGUUCUGUGAUUGACGCUCGCACACGUGCUCUUAUAUUCAAUGACGGCAGAGGAGAAGACCUGGAGGAUGACAGCGACACUGACAAGGAGGAUGACCAGAGUAUGAUCAAGGUGAAGGCCAACUCCAUCAUGAUGGAGGAGGAGACGGAUGGAGAAAGUGUCAUGAGCAGCAUUGCCUCCUCUGCAGCUGCAGCGGCGCUCCGAAACGGUCUGAUUGGAAAACAAAACAUACAGAACGAACAAGAAUCAUCCACCCAAGAGGAGCUGGUCCUUCCUGAGCAAGAUGCCAGAGAAGAUGAUGAUGACGGUCUGGACAGCAUGAUCCAUGAGUGGCAGCGCAGGAAUGAGAAGUAUCAGAACGAGGAGUGGUGGGAGGCACAGCUGAACAGCGACAAUGAAGACGAAGAAGAAUCUCUGACAGGAGGCAGAGCAAAGAGGACAAAAGGGAGCGUCGAAGGAGAUGUGGAGAGCGUCACCAGUGAGGACGUACGGAAUGUUAAAGACCGAUUGAAGCGACGAAACAAACACCCACCUUCUGACGUGAUGUCCACCUCCAGCUGCACCAGUUACUCUGACCUUUGGAAACAGCGUCUGAGAGAAAUCGAGGAACAAGCUGCCGCCCGUUACCGCAAGAAAGAGGAGAAAGAGGACUGUGACAGUGUCGAUACUGAAGGUGGAGAAAAAGAAAAAAGAAAGAUCGAUCAUGAAGUACAGAGCAUCCUCUCUGACACCAGCUCCAUGUAUAACUUCUGCCAGAAAAACAAAGAAAAGUUGACACCACUGGAGCGUUGGCGUGUCAAGAGGAUUCAGUUUGGUUGGAACAAAAAAGAAAAUGAAGAUGGAGAGAAAAGCUUUGUAGGAGACGGAGAGAAGGGUGAAGGUGAGGGGGAAGCAAAGACACCUUGUUUCCAAGAUGUUAACCUGACGGCGUAUCAGGCUUGGAAGCUGAGGCAGCAGAAACGUCUUGGGGAGGACAACCCUGAUGAGAUUCUGGAGAUGAGUCGAGGUGAGGACAGCGCUACGGCCAGAAGGAGGCAACGGCGAGAGGAGCUUCUGGAGCGUUCAAAGAAAACCUUAGAGGAAAGUCAGUCCAUGGGCAGUUGGGAGACGGAGAGCUGCGUAAGUGGAGGCACAAUUCCGCUUUCAGCCUUCUGGGCUGGAGCGGGCGUAACCGGACCACCGAGCGUCGUCAAUGACGAUAACAUGUCAAUGGUCAGUGGGAGAUCAUCACUCAUAUCUUCAGUUUCACAAGCUCGGAGUGCAGGAUCAACACAGUCUGGAGCCCCUACUGCAGUUCCACCGAUCCUUCCAGUUCCAACUGUCCAGGGUCCAGGAGGAGAACCAAUGGUAAAUCUGGCCAGCAUCCAAAAUUGGAUUGCCAACGUUGUGACUGAAACCAUCAAACAGAAGCAGAGUGAGAUGAGCCUGCCUCCUCCGUCAAGAGCGGCUUCAGACGUAAGUUUCGGGGGUCCAACCAGUGUUAUAUCUGGACGAGGACCGGACAGUGACAAAGCAUCUCUGUUGAGUGGAGCUUCCUACUCCAGCGCUCUAACUCCGGGACGUGGUAAAGCAGAAUCUGUGCUCUCAGGUGUUUCUGGGUCAAGCAACAUCUCUGGUCUCAGUGGUAGAAGUUCAGUGUUGGACUCUUUGGGCUUAAAGAAGAAGAAGAUUACCACCACCAGUGUCCCACUCUUCAGUCUUUUCCAGGACCAAGUCAACCUGAAUAAACUAGAUGCCAUAGACAAGGAGAUCAAGUCUGAAAUGAGGGGUAAAAUGGCUACCUAUGAAAAGAAGAAGAUCCUGGAGGACAACAAGCGCAGCACUCUGUACAAGAAGAAGAAACCCAAGGAAGAUGAAGAGGAGGAGGAGGAGAGGAAGAAGAAAGAGGAGGAGUUUUUGGAGGAGGUGAAGAAAAAGGAGAAACCGGUGAGAACUCAUGGCCUUUCUGGUUGUUUGAAUCUGAACACAGCACUGGAAAAAGAUAAAAACACCAGUAUUGAUGAUUGGCUCAGAAGUGUCAGACCUCCUCCCAGGAAAAACACCUCUGAACACGAAGCUGGGCCAUCGGAAGAUCCCUACGAUGACCUGGAUGCCUCUGCCUCAGAGUUUGACUUCUCAACCCGCCGAGAAGCUUACACCUUGGAUGAAGAUGAGGAGGAAACAUACAGCAGCAGAUACAGAUCCAGGCUAUGUGCAAAUCUGUCUGAUGAGGACACAGGAUAUUCCAACAAUGGUUACAUGAGAUCCCACGGCUACAAUCGCACAACAAGGCCGUACAGUGAGGGGAAUGAGGGGGAUGACUUCAGUAUGGGGAGAAAUUUUAGCCACCAAAGCAGUGGGACUGAAGGCAGCAGGAGGAGGAGGCAGGUGGAUAACGAUAGCGAUGGUGAGGAGGACGAUAUUGCUGCAUUCAUUGCUCAGACCAGACAAAGGAUCAGAGCCAGAGCAGCUGCAGAGGCCGAGGAUGAUGAGGUCCUUGCUGCCUGGAGGGCACAGCAGGAGAUGAAGUCACAUGGUCGCAGUGAAUCAUAGAAAUCACCAAAGUGGAAGGAAAGCUCUC